AUUCGCACAUAUUGCCGGUCAAAUCUGUCAUGUAGUUUGCGAAAUUUCCCAAAUAUUCACAGCUAUUUGGCUAAAUCGAGGAUUCCAUCAAUAUUUUUGAAGUGCGUCGCAUUUCGGUCGGAAUGUGGUUUGUGGCGUCCUGAAGCAUUGAAACCUGACUUGAGUCGGUUGAAAAAUGAUCUCCAAAUUUGCUGGAAAAUUCAGCCUGCGUUCUGGUCUGAGAAAGGCAUUUUCUGCUUUUACCUGCAGAGAAUGCUCGACCAGAACAGCACAAAUGCCGGCAGGACAGCCUACGCAUUACUCUCACCCACAGCUUCUCAAAAAUGGAGAGAUUCUGCCAGGGAUGCGGCGUGGUGAGUUUCGCCGUCGGCGUUCGAUGCUGGUGAACACCAUUUCACAGCAAAGUAACGGCCGUAACGGCGCUGCCAUGGUUCUGAUCCCGUCAGCGCCAGACCAGUUCCUGUCCGAAAAGAUCCCUCGCCCCUACCGCCAGUCAUCAGACCUGUUGUACCUGAGUGGCUGCCAGGAGCCUGGCUCGGCACUGGUGAUCAGGGCCGUCCACCCUGAGGUGCACAGGGCCGUGCUCUUUGUCCGAGGCGCUGACGACAAAAAGGAACUUUGGGAUGGGCCCCGUUUCUACGCCACUGAGGCUACCGCUGACUUUUUCGGCGUUGACCUCGUUCUGCCCGCAGACAAGCUGGGCGAUUACCUUCAUGCUGCACUCGGAGACAAUGAGAAAAGGAUGACCAACGUCUGGUUUGACAAAAGUUUUGGUCAAGCUCAUGACGGAUCUCCGCGCUCAACAAUGGACACGGUUAUUGCCAACAAUAUCAGCUCCAUCAAGCUGGACUCAACCAGACCAGUACUGCACCAACUUCGUGUCAUCAAAUCUCUGGCAGAAAUUGAGCUCAUGCGGAAGACGUGCCAAAUAGGGGCUGCUGCUGUGGCAGAGACUAUUGCUCAGGAAAAUUAUUUAAAACACAAAGAUGUGGUAGAAGAAAGCUCAAUUGCUGCUCGUGUCGAGUUUGAGUGUCGGCGUCAUGGUGCUCAGCACCUGGGUUACCCUCCUGUCGUGGCAACUGGAACAAGGACUAACACAAUUCAUUAUGUGGCAAACAACAACAUUGGUGCGUCUGGAGAUCUGGCCCUGAUGGAUGCAGGUUGCGAGUACUAUGGUUACAACAGUGAUAUCACACGCACAUGGCCGCUAAGCGGUAGCUUCUCAGGACCCCAGCUUGUAGUCUACGAGGCUGUCCUCGACGUGCAGCAGAAACUGAUAAAGCUGCUGGACACCUCCAGGCCGACACUAAGCCAGCUGUUUGCUGAAAUGUGCCUGCUGCUGGGCACGAAUCUGAAAGAAAUCGGCCUUCUCCCUAAAUCCGUAUCAGGAAGUGAACUGCUUUCUGGCGCCCACUCGUUUUGUCCUCACCAUGUGAGUCAUUUUCUUGGGAUGGACAUCCACGAUACGCCUUCCAUCUCCCACAGCCUCCCUCUUCAGUCGGGGAUGGUCAUAACUAUUGAACCAGGGGUGUACAUCAGGUCCGACAGAAAGGAUGUUCCUGCCGAGUUCCGAGGAAUUGGCAUCCGAAUUGAAGAUGACGUCUUGAUCACUAACUCUGGAUGCGAGGUGUUGUCAGCCGGCUGUCCAAAGGAUGUAGCCGCUCUUGAAAAACUAAUGCAGCGUUCCUCAAUAAGUUCUUGAACUCAGAAAGUGAUAUGUAGGCAAUCUAGCUCAAAUUUCAAACCAUCAAGUGCCUUUUGUUAGAUAUAUGCUAAUAUACAAUUUGAAUAUAGAUUACUCCACUAUUUUUCAUCACUUGAUUCAAAUUGGAUCAAGAUUACCAAGUAUGUCAUCACUGUUCCCACAAUCUGAAAUUGGAUUUAGUUAAAAGAAAAUUAAAAUUGGUCAAAAAUGCAUACUGAAGAAAUUAGUGCAAUGUCCAAUGAAAAGAAUCCUAGGGCAGUGAAUCCGACGGGACAACUCUGGACUUGCAUGCUGAAAAUCUGGAUCUAAAAUUGAAAUUAAUCUUCAAAAAUGUAGUUAAUAUGCGCUCGAAGAAAUUGAUUAAACGUGAGUUCUUAAUA